AUGUCGCAACCAAAGAAACAAAAGCUCCAUCACCCGAGCGACGACAGCCGAUCGGUUAUCGCAGUCAAUGGAGGCCUUCGCGAGCACCUUGUCUCUCUGCGCCGAAACCAAAUUCCGACAUCUGACCCCGUCCGCCAAGCUGGCUCACCGCCAGGAUCACAGCGGCCGGAUGGCGUCCCUGACGAGCCUAACGACGUGCCAGAAGUACAUCAUGAAACGUCACGUGAACGGAAUGAUGUGCUAGCGGAGCAGAAUAGCCGACAUAUAUCUGAUCAGCCCGAUGGCGUCCCAGACGAGCCAGAUGAAGGGCUAGAGGAACAUCAUGAAAUAUCACAAGAACGGGGUGGCGUGCUGGUGGAGCAGAAUGGCAGACAAUUAUCUGGUCAGCCGGAUGACGUCCACAACGAGCCAAACGAAGUACUAGAGGAACAGAAUGAAACAUCACCGGAGCAGGAUGAUGUGCAAGUGGAGCAGACCGGCGGGCAAAAAUCUGAUCAGUCCGAAGACACUGACGGCUUCGUCCGCGACGAAUCUAGUCUAUUCAUUCCCGAAAACAACUAUUCACACGGCAUGUACCCAAUGCCACCCAUACAUCCUGAAAAUAUCCGAUCAAUUGGCGCAAAUAUCUUGCAGAAAAUUGACACCGAGAAACUUUUGACCACACGUGGAAGACAGGAGCUGAGAAAGAAGAUAGGGUAUGGUAACGCCUUAUCUUCGUCGAUCUCUAAAGAUUCUGGUCUUGUUAUAAUAUGCAAUCAUUGUGAGGCAGGGUUUGCAGGCCACAACAAUAUGACAGAUCAUCGAGACAGGGCGCACAGUGAAUGUGCGAAGGGGGGGCUAAAAGAGUGCGAGCUGAAAGACUGUUAUGAGCACCGAUGUGCGUUUCUACUCCCAAAAACUUGGUUGAGGAAUCAGCGAAAAUUUGCCUGGCGACACAGUGCGUUUCUGCAAAUGUAUAUCGCGUGGCUCAGGAACGAAGGAUUGAAGAGUACAACGCAAGAGAGCCUAGCAAGAGAAGGGGAUGAAGAAGCGCCAGUGGAGGAACAUGACAACCCUCGGUCUCUGGUUAAAAAGAUUACAAGACCGUCGACAAAAAAAGCCGACGUUUUGGCUCAUGCUGUCGGUGAGGAUGACGCCGGCUGGUGA